GGAAAUGCCCGCCUCUUUUGAGCAUAUGACUUUCGGUACUCCAGUGAAUCACAACAAUACCCCGUUUGUGGUGCUGUGUGGUUCAUUUAAGUAUUUUGGUGGUGUUUUUUCUGUCGUUAGUUGCGCAGAGUUGUUUUGAAAAUGAGGCUGCAGUGUUUGUUCGCAGCUUUGUGUCUCGGCGUUGGUGUAAUGGCCGGGAAAUACUCCCGGGAGCUGAAUGAGCCCAAACCGAACGACAAAGAUGGGCAGGCAGUGGAGUUCAGGAUAGCUAAGCUAAACCAGGUCUGGGAGAAAGCUCAAAGGAUGCAGUUGUCUCCAGUCCGACAGGCUGAGCUGCACAGUGACCUGAAGAUCCAGGAGAAAGAUGAGCUGCAGUGGAAAAAAAUGAAGGUGGAGGGAUUCGAUGAAAAUGGGGAGAAGGAGGCCCAGCUCAGGCGCAACUUCCAUGUGAUCCUCGCCAAGUAUGGGAUGGAUGGGAAAAGGGACACACGGCCACUGGAGAGCAACUCACUGAAAGAUCACGACAUCAAGGAGGAAGAUGCAUUUGAGGAUCCCAGACUGGACAAACUCUGGAACAAGGCUAAGAUCUCGGGGAAGUUCUCUGAUGAGGAGCUGCUGAACUUGAAGAGGGAGUUCCAGCACCACAAGGACAAGAUCCACGAGUACAACAUCCUCAUGGACACCGUCAGCAGGACUGAGGAAAUACACAAGAACGUGAUCUCUCCCCUGGAGGGUGAUACCAAAGAGCACGUGCUGCAGCAGAAGCACACAGAGCUGAAGCACAAAAUGAGAGACCUCAACCAGGGCUUUGAGCGCCUCCGUAAGCUCAGCCACGAGGGCUUCAGUGAAGAUAGCGAGUUUCGGGAGCCGCGUGUGAUUGAACUGUGGGAGGCUGCCAAGAGAACCAACCUCAGCAACGAUGAGCUAGAGUCUCUCAAGGAGGAGCUACGUCACUUUGAGACUAAAGUAGAGAAGCACAGUCAUUACAAGGAGCAGCUGGAGUUGUCCCAUCAGAAGUUGCAGCAUGUGGAGGCUCUAGGAGACAAAGAGCACAUCAAGAGGAACAAGGAAAAGUAUGACACACUCGCUGAGAAGACUAGGGAGAUGGGCUACAAGAUGAAGAAACAUAUGCAGGAUUUGUCCAACAAGAUUUCUCGCCAGGGACUCCAACACAACGAACUCUGAGAGGUCAUCACACCAGUGAAAGAACUGUAAUGUUUUUGUUUAGUCACACACAACCUUGAUCAACCAUACCACCAUUUCUUUUUUUAACUGCUGUUAAGAAAAAAAAAUCAGUGUUUUCUGUGAGUCUUUUUCUACUUUUCUAGAGAAUGAAAUGCUUAAUGAGUGAAUUCCUGGUUAUUUGUAUGUAAUAUGUAUGAAGUAUUAUAAAGCAGCUCAGACUGUCAGUCAAGGUACAGAUAAAUUAAAUAUAGAAGUGUGAGCACCAGUGUGGUACUCCAUAGAACAGUUAUUUGUAUAACAAGUGGAAAUAAUGUCUUAUUGUUGGUGGUAGAUAAGGGAUAGACAGCACUAUUGGCUGUCUUGACCAGACCAGAAGCAGUUGGUCUGUUUGUCCACAUUACAUCAUAUGUGCUGUUGCCACUGUAGGACCUCAUAGUUUCCCUAUCGACUUAGUUUGGUGUUACUUGAACUGUCUGAUCAAUAUAAAAUGAAGAUCAAGAGUAGAAGCACUGAAAACUGGUGAUCUGAAAAUAAAAUGGCAAUCUUUAAUAUUCAGUAAGAUACAGGUGCCAACAACAGACAUACAGUAAUAUUUUAAAAAUACAGAUUUACAACAUUCGUAUGCUUUGGCAUGAAUAAAAGCACUUAAUACACUGUAGAGAAAAGCGGUCUCUGUAGUGACAUUAAAGGAUAAUUUUUGCAAAACGUUA